CAAGGCCACUAACUCUACAAUGGCUGGCGAGGGCCACGUACCUGGCCGGUCGGAGGGCAACAAAAUGAAACAGAACCACAUGGGCCAUCAAGAUCAACACCACCACCACCAGGAUCAGCACCAAGAGCACCACCAGGCUCAGCGUUCCCAGCAGAGCCAGGCUCAGAGUACCCAGCAGAGCCAGGCUCAGAGUGCCCAGCAGAACCAGGCUGGGCAGCAAAUUCCGGGCAAUCGGCAGGCUCAGGCUGGCCAGCAGAUCAAUGACGGCCACCAGGCCCAGGGCUUCCAGCCGCGCAAUGCUUAUCAACAGGAUCAAGGCUUUCAACACUACCGCGAGAAUCUGCGUUCCCUGAGCCAGAACCUCCAAGGCGAUAGCCCUUCCUUCUCAAUGUCCCCACCGGCAGCAGCGCCGCCGGGCUUGAUCUGGGCCAAAACGCACCAUGAGGUCGUGCGGGAACUUGACGCCUGUGGGAAGGCGCUGGAGGCGAAGAAGCGCCUGAAGGAUGCUGAACAGGAGCUCAGGAAGAGUACCGCAGCUCCCCCGGUCCUCAACCAGAUGAGAGACGAGUACCUCGUCAACGAGAUGCAGAAGCUCAGAUCCACCAUUCGCAACUUUGCUGCCGACUACUUUGGAGGCCCGCCGCGCGACAUGGAUCCUGAUCAACUCGAGGCGACUGAGUGGCGCGAAGAAAUUGCCGCCAUCCUCCCCGACACUGACUGGAUUCUAAAGUACAUCAUGUCCAAUGAGAAGUGCCCCAGCAUCGCACAGGCUCUCUUGUGGGACGCGCUUCAGAUCUGUGUGUUCGGCCGCUUCAUCUGGGCUCGGGAAAUGGGAGGCUCUUUCCGGGCUCUCGAGCGCAGCCUGGCACCUGAUCCAGAUAUCCCCUCAACUUCGGAUUCGAUAAAGAAGUACUACAAGUGGCGAGCGGAAACCAUCAACCUGAUCUUUGCUUCGAUGACCGGCAAUGAUGGACAGCCUAUCCCCAGCGAGGCACUGGAGUCCUGGAAAUCGGACUGCAUCGAGUACAUGCGCUGCUUGAUCGACCCGUUCCUUCGGAAAUCAGACCGCACCGACAGCAGCUAUGUCAACGACCUCAACCAGAUACUUGACCAGGCCCUUGCACUCGACAAGGAUAUGAGCGUGCAAGCAUCUCCGGUCGUGCUAUUCAAGCAAGACGUGAAGCCUUUCCUUCAAUUUCAGCAGGAUGAGAUGGAGCUGGAGCAUGGGGAGACGAUUUACACCGCCGAGCAGCAAGUGCUUCUCGUUGUCUCGCCAGCGAUGAAGAGGCGAGGAAGGUCUUCCGGCGAGGGCUUUGACCAGGAGAGGGUUCUUCUACCCAUGACGGCCUCCUGCAGCCCUGGCACCCAGCACAGCAUGACAAUGGCCACGAGAAAUUGA